GAGUGGGUGUCACCUGCCUAAGCAACUUGUUGACUCCCGGGAGCGCGGCCGGCUGGGUGUGUGGCUCACCUGUCCCCAGCGCACAGGGCCGCUCGCCCCCCACUGCCCAGCCAUGAGCAAAUUGGGCAAGUUAUUUCGAGGGACCCGCUCCUCUCGGGCCCGCGCGGCUCCCAGCCCCCAGGAGGCCCUGGCCCGCCUCAGGGAGACCGAGGAGAUGCUGGCCAAGAAGCAGGAGUACCUGGAGAGCCGAAUCCAGAGGGAGCUCGCCCUAGCCAAGAAGCACGGCUCCCAGAACAAACGAGCUGCCUUGCAGGCGUUGAAAAGGAAGAAGAGGUUUGAGAAGCAGCUCUCGCAGGUUGAUGGCACCCUGUCCACCAUUGAGUUCCAGCGGGAAGCGCUAGAGAACUCGCACACCAACACUGAGGUCUUACGGAACAUGGGCUUUGCAGCCAAGGCAAUGAAAGCUGUUCAUGAAAACAUGGAUCUGAACAAAAUUGAUGACUUGAUGCAAGAUAUCACCGAGCAGCAGGACAUUGCCCAGGAAAUCUCAGAAGCGUUUUCUCAGAGGGUUCAGUUUGCCGAUGGCUUUGAUGAGGAUGAGCUACUGGCAGAACUUGAGGAACUGGAGCAGGAAGAAUUAAAUAAGAAGAUGACAAAGAUGCAGCUUCCGAAUGUGCCGGCCUCUUCCCUCCCCUCACAGCCCAGUAGGAAGUCCAGCAUGCCCUCCAGUGCACACCGAUCUCGAGCAGCGUCGUCCAGGAGGACAGAGGACGAUGACGACUUCCAGCAGCUGGCAGCUUGGGCUACUUAAGCUAAAAUGGGAACCUCUGACGCCUAAAUUAUUGAACUACACAUAAGACAUAAAUGCUUUUGCAAAGCUUAGAAGAUAGCAGUUACCUGUUUUAUGAAUUGCUGUCUUUUACAAAGCAGUUAAGUCAUGUGUAGACACGUCAGACAUGGAAAGGAGCUGGUAGCAUCAUAGAAGACCCUUCCAGACUGAUGGAGUGGGGGCUAUCUGCUUUAUUCUCUACUGUAUUUUAGUUCUGGUACAAGUUGAUUCUUUGUGUAUAUGUAUUGAAAGAAAACUGAUUCUACUGAUAUUUAAUACAUAUUCCAGCUUGUAAGUCAUCCUCGAGCGAUACCUAGGGUAACUGGGGGCUAUGUCUAUGCAAAUACAAGGCUGCUGUGGUCCAGGUCACCCACAGUAAAUGUAAAUACACUUCUAGAACAGGUUUGAAGAGAAGUCCUUAGUGAGUCUAUACAUACAGUUUCAAUUGAGUCUCAGGGUUGGAAAUCUUCGCGGAGCCUUAAUUGACAUUUAUUAUGCAGGUUGAGCUCUGAGUGGGGGCGAUGCAUCACCCCAAAUGUCUGACUGCACAAGCAGUUUAGCCUGCUCACCAGGGCUCUCCGGGGUGGGAUUCAGCCACUUAGAAAGCCAAGUGAACACAGGCCGCCAUGCUGCUGCUGGAAUGCCCAUUGCUUCCUGUUGUGUGCUCUCCUGUGCACUAACAAAACGAAGCAAUGCUUCACAGCAUGCGCCUCAUAAAAAAUACUAAAAUACUGGCAAUUAAAAAUAUAUCUGGAGUAAAAUUUUGUUCAUAAUUAUGGUUAAAUGAAGAUAAAUUAUAAACUUAGGUAUCUCGCAUGCCAUAUCAGACGGUAAAAUGGCAAGCACCACCAUGCGAGGUUUUCUGAUGCCCUCUGCACUCCUUUGAGCAACGCUGUGGCACGGAGGAGCACGGAGGAGGAGCACCACUGCCGCCGCAUCUCUGAGCCCUUGUUCUGGCUCAGUGGUCCCAUUCUGCGGCAGGUGUUUGGCACUUGUUCUUUCUCUUGGCAUUUUUCCUGCCCUGCCCAACACACACACACUAAAUCCUCCUCAUUCUUUAAAUUCUGGCUAAAAUAUUCCAUCUUGGAAAACUUUAAAAAAUUUUUUUUCCAGACUAUAUGCUUGCUUUUAUAGCACUCAGCUUUCUGUCAUUGCAUUUUCCAUGUUCUCUCUCAACACUUAACCUGAGUGCAUCUCCCUGUUGGCCUGUGGUAGGGUGAAGGACAAGACUGCUUUAAAUAGUGAAUUUUCAGCACUCUUCACAAUCUCACAUGUACCCGAGGCAAGUCUUUCAGCAUUGACUCAGUGUCAGCAGCUGACAGACGACGGAUUGGCCCCCUGUCCCUAAGCAGUCCUGAGAUCGGGCCAAGCCUGUGGAGCAGCGACAGUGUUAGACCCUGAAGGGGAGACAGCUCUGGACAGUGAUGCCCAAGACACGGGAGGCUGAUGCAGUGUGCUCAUCCUGUCCUGGCUUGCACACCACCCACGUGCCUGCUGAGUGCAGCUAGUUGCGGGGAAGAGGGGGGGAGGAGGCACAAAGCCCCCACCAGACUUGUGAAACUUGUAAGGAGAGUGAAUUUUAAUUAUGCUUAAUUUUAGUUAAUUUAAUUAAAAAAACAUUUCUCAACGCAUUCAUUAGAAACAUUGAAGUAUUUCAGCACCUUAGUUCUGCCUUUUCAGCAGUUAAAUUUGUAAACCUGUUGUGUCUGCCCUGUCUUUAUGCCUCCCUCGCUUCUUUCCAUCUCUCGGAGAUUCUAGACACAGCCUCACCAUGUAGCACAUGAGCUCACUUUAGACCUCAGGCUGACAUUGAACUUCACUCCUCUGUCUUUAGCCUCCAAAGCCCUGGAAUUACGGGCUUCCAUCGCUGUGCCCAGUUACAGCUGAUCUAAGAGACACUCUCAGUGUAAAAUCCACAUUGGAUUUCAAAGACUUGGUGAACAAAACUGUAAAA